AUGCACCCUCACGUCCUUAUUGCCCUGGGUUUCUUCUACAGCGCUGUGGCUGCGCCAGUUACUAAGACUGUCACCACAGGCCAGAACGUUGUCACACAGAAUGGCUACACCAGUGCCCCCUACCAUGGCCCCUACUUAGGGACGCCCACCAUUACGGGGGCAGCCAAAGCUUCGAAGACGCUGGCUGCCUCAAUUGAUCCCAAGCCACCCAACCCAACAGCAACCUACUACAACGCUGAGGGGGUGCCCCAGCAGCCCAUGCCGGCCCCUUACGUGCCAGCCGGAGGACUCGGGACGAACGGAACCCUCCCCCGGUACAUGGUCAACAGCGACUGGGACUUUGAGUCCAUCGCCCUAGGAGUCUACCAGGAAUAUAUAGAGCUAGACCUCUUCCACGAUGGGCUUGCUAGGUUCUCGGACGCGGACUUUGAGGAUGCUGGAUUGGGUCCAGAGAUGCGCUCCCUUAUCGAGUUCAUGGCCAACCAGGAGGUCGGCCACGCCACCCUGCUCAGCAACAUGCUCGGUGAGGCCGCGCCCAAGCAGUGCGUCUACAACUAUCCGUACCGGUCAGUCCGCGAAUGGGUCGACUUUAUGCAACGGGUCACCCGAUUCGGAGAGUCUGGUGUCUGGGGUUUUCUGUCUCAUCUCGACUCCCGCGAGGUCUCCCAGCUACUUUCCCAGUCUAUUUCCAUCGAGUCCCGCCAGCAGAUGGUCUUCCGCCAGAUGGCUGGGCUCGCGCCUAUGCCUGUCUGGUUCGAAAACGGAUGGCCGCAGUCCUGGCAGUGGACCAUGCUGGCGCCGUAUAUCAGCGCCUGUCCCGAGGGCCAAACGCGCCUCGCCUGGCAAAACUUCCCUACCCUGCGCAUUCUCAACAAUCCGAAUAUCAACCGUAUAAAUGCUGAUGAGACCGAGGACGAUGGGAGCGAGCAGGUUGGGAACCGCAUCACCGACCCCUCGAUCUCCAACCUCGAGGAGAGCUGCAUUGACGCCGAAGGUAUCGGCGAGAACUGCCAGGCGGGAAUAGCCCGAAAUCGAAGCAUUCCUCUCUCUUACCCUGGCAAGAGGUUAGAAUUGGAGUGGGAAGCCCCCGGAAAGGCUGUCGGCCCAAACAACUCGUACACCACCGCGACGACUGCGGGGCAGCCCAAGUUCGUUGGAUGGAGCAACCAGCUGAAUUUCACCUACACCCCCUUGACCGUCACGGGCAAGAACCGGGGAUGGACGGCCCAGCCGGGAGGGGUUGUGUUUGCGGACGAUGGAAUCGUCAACGAUACAAUGGCGAUCAUGCUGACGGACACCGACUUGUUUGUCACGCCUUUCAACUUGACCAUGCUCAACCCGCAUAUUGUGGCGCUGGGACUGUACCAGGCUGGCUAA